AUGUCAUUCGAGCUUCCACCGAACAACUUUUCGCAAGCUGAGCUGAACGCUUCCAAUAAGAGCCCCGUCUAUGUGGCUGUUGCUGUUGGCUUCGCUUUCGCCACCGGAAGCGUCAUACUGCGUACUUUAGCGCGGCGCAAGUCUAAAGCUACUUUCGGAUGGGAUGACUACAGCAUCAUCUUUGCUUUGUCUCUUCUCUACGCGCUUGACGUCUCGGCCGUUCUAUCUGCCGCAAAGUAUGGAUUGGGUCGACAUCUUCCCGCUGUACUUUCGACCGUUGUUCCUUUCCAAAAGCUGGGAAUCGUAGUCCUCACGCUCUGGCUAGCCACAGCCGCUGCGACAAAGGCGUCUCUUUUGUUGCUUUACUAUCGACUGUUCUCUCCAUCUAGGCGAUUUCGCCUAGCCGUUCGCCUUGGCGCCGUAAUCGUUUUUGGCCAAUGGUUCAGUCUCACGUGUAUAACAAUCUUUCAAUGCAGACCUGUCGCGGCCUUCUGGAACCGAGCUAUUCGGGACGCAAAAUGCAUCAAUCUGCCUCAUUUUACCAUCACCAGCGGGGUAUUGAAUCUCUUGACAGACGUCCUCAUCCUCUGCCUUCCGAUCCCCAUGGUUUGGGGCUUGAAUACUACUAAGGCUCAAAGGGUCACCCUGACUAGCAUAUUUCUACUGGGAAUAUUUGUAUGUGUCAUUUCAAUCGUACGGAUCAGCAAACUUGCUGCUGUGAACUACGAUGAUCCAACAUGGCGUCUUGUGGACGUAUAUGUUUGGACCAACUUGGAGGCUAGUGUAGGCAUAACCUCGGCCUGUCUUCCCACCCUGCGACCACUCUUGGGAAGUUUCUUUCCCGGUGCAUCAACGGCAGAGUCCUCCGACAAGAAAGACAGCCAGCCUAGCUCUCAGCGUGCAGCUAAGGCCCAAUUUCAUCGUCUUUUUGAGGAGUCAGGGCCGGAGGUCACGCCUCAAAGUUUUACAAGAGGGACAAAUGACCCCUGGACGAGCCCCGACUUGGCAGGAGGCAACGAACUUUCCAGCAUGGACAGGGCUCCGACAGGACCGCUUCACUCUGUGAAUUCCACUAGUCAAACCGAAGAUCCGCACUAUCCCACGAGAAGUACCCGGAGAGCCAACUAUGAAUGA